UGCAUCUCGUCCGGCUAUUGGUCGCAGGCGUCAGCUAUAGAACUAUUGAAACACCGACUUUCCAAAUCCGUAGAUUUGCAUUUAAUUCGCGGUUGUCGCCGCGCGUUUCACCGCAGGAAUCGUAGUCGGCUCGUGAUAAGGUGAUACGCCGGCGAAAAGUAGUCACGGUGUACCGACGUAACGCCACGCGACGAUAUAUCCCGGCAUUCUAUUUGCAAUCACAACAAUGGAGUCGAAAGGUUGUCGGACGCUCGAGAAACGUGAUGUAACGUUAUACGUGUAACGUGUUCUCGAGCGUAUUGACACCGGCAUUGGAACAGCACCGAUUGUCCGUAGCUCGCUCGUCAUGAACGUGAACGAACAACCGCCAUCGGAAAUCGCUUGACAGCUGUUCAACGUUCGACCGUGAUGCGCGCUGACUUAUUUUUCCCGAGCAUAAGAAACGCAGCCGUACGCGGUCGCGCGAGCUCUUGCAAGUGAUCUACGAUGAAACUGAUGUAUGGUCGCGACGCGUCGCAACGUGGAUCCGCCGCAGCAUAAUCGUGCAACCUGAAUGUUUUCCUCGGUUAUCAUUGCGCUCGAGGAACAGUUCGCGGUGUAAUGGCAGCUCAUAAGACGGGCGGGCAGAGCGCCCGAAAGAAAGUCCAGGUGUCCAUGGUUAUAAGAGAUGAAGUGGAAAAGAGGCACAGAGCUGGUGUCAACUCCUUACAAUAUGACCCAGCUUUACACAGGCUUUAUUCUGCAGGUAGAGAUAGUAUUAUAAGGAUAUGGAAUUGCAAAAAUAUGAAGGACCCUUACAUUCAGUCCAUGGAACAUCAUACAGAUUGGGUCAAUGAUAUAGUAUUAUGUUGUGGUGGUAAAAAUCUGAUAUCAGCUAGUUCUGAUACAACAGUAAAAGUAUGGAAUGCACACAAAGGUUUCUGCAUGUCCACAUUGAGGACACACAAGGACUAUGUGAAAGCUCUAGCAUAUGCUAAAGAUAGAGAACAAGUUGCUAGUGCAGGUUUAGAUAAAUUGAUCUUCCUGUGGGAUGUUAACACAUUAACUGCCCUUACAGCUAGCAACAACACAGUAACAACAUCUUCCCUUAGUGGGAACAAGGAUUCAAUAUAUAGUCUUGCCAUGAAUCAGACUGGAACAAUUAUAGUAAGCGGUAGCACAGAAAAAGUUUUAAGAGUGUGGGAUCCAAGGCACUGUACUAAACUAAUGAAACUUCGUGGACACACCGAUAAUAUUAAAGCUUUAGUAUUAAAUAGAGAUGGCAGUGAAUGUUUGUCUGCUAGUUCCGAUGGAACUAUUAAACUUUGGUCAUUAGGACAACAAAGGUGUAUUCAAACGUUUAGAGUACAUACGGAGGGCGUUUGGGCGUUAUUGGCAACAGAAACCUUCAGCCAUGUGAUAUCAGGGGGUAGAGAUAAAAGAGUUGUAAUGACUGAAUUAAGUUAUCCUGAAAGGUAUACUGUUAUAUGCGAAGAAGAGGCACCUAUAUUAAAAAUGGUUAUGAUGCCUGAUCAGUCUAGCAUCUGGGUAGCAACUAGCGAAUCUACUAUAAAUAAUUGGUCUAUAAGCCCAAAAGAUUGGCAAGACUCAGGAAUUGGUGAUUACUGUGACUCUGCUACCGGAGUGACUUCAAACGUUUUGCGAAACACGGAACCUGCACAAAGAAUAUUAGGUGGACCUGCAAUAAGGCACUGUCAUGUUUUAAACGAUCGAAGACACGUACUGACUAAAGAUACGGAAGAGAAUGUAGCCUUGUAUGAUGUAUUAAAAGCGUGCAAGGUGGAAGAUUUGGGAAAGGUGGACUUUGAACAGGAAAUAAAGAAAAGAAAUAAAAUGGUGUAUGUUCCAAAUUGGUUCAAUGUAGAUCUUAAAACAGGAAUGUUGACCAUUCAUUUGGGUCAAGACGAGAACGAUUGUUUUUCUGCAUGGGUCUCUGCAAAGGAAACUGGUCUCGCUGAAAAUGAUGCUGUCGAUCAAAAAGUUAAUUAUGGAAAUCUUUUGCUGCAAGCUUUACUGGAGCAUUGGUGGCGGCCGUUGCAUGCCGACGAUGAAAAUGAAGGUAGCGGUAAUGACGGUAAUGGUCCUAUACAUACAAGAGGAGGAAACCCAUACUUUUCAGUACCUAGUCAUACACCUCUUAUAUUUAGUGAAGUGGGAGGAAAAACUUUGUACAGAUUAUUAGUUAGAGAUGCUUCAGGAGAAACAGAAGGAGGUUUAUUAAAUGAAACUGUACCAGCAUGGGUAGUGAAUAUCGUUGUGGAUAAGAAUCUUCCACAAUUUAUUAAAAUACCUUUCUACCUUCUUCCACAUGCCACAUCUGGUGUAAAGAGUCUGAAGAAGGAUCGUUUAAUUGCAAAUGAUUUUAUACAAAUUCGUAAGGUGGCAGAACAUGUUUGUGACAAGGUGCUUGGUGCUGGAAGUGAUUCAGGGUCAGUAGCAGGUGCUGGAAAUACAGUUUCCGGGGGUUCCCCAGCAGGGGAUAGAACAAAUACAGACUCAAACGCUGAUAAUUCUUCGCUGGCCGAAGAAAAAGUUGAAAUUCUUUGCAACGAUCAGGUUCUGGAUCUUUCUAUGGAUUUAAGAACGGUCAGACAUUUGAUUUGGAAGAGUUCAGCAGACUUAACGUUUCAUUACCGGCCUGUCAAAUAGUUAGGACUGAGUACAUCAGAACAGGGAUCUCUAAAGUGUGCCUGGUUUUUUACUAUGGUAAGAGUAACAGGAGACAUGUGGACUAGUUGCAGAGUGUGGCAUCUCACGCUACCUCCUCUUUAUGAAAUGUUUAAUCGAUUUUCAAUGGAUGUUUCGUUGGACACCGCAGCGGAAGAUGAGUAAAAACCAGGCAACAUACGGAGUACUUGAUACUGCAUGCGCUCAAAGGCAAUAAUGUGUGGAAGUAUUAGCAUGAAUUGCUCAUGUUUGUAUAUUUAUAUCCUGAGGCCAAACUCAUCCCUGAAAUACGGUGAAACGCUGAUUUCAGUUAGGUCUGCUUUUAGAGAUAUAAUAUGUUUUUUGUACCUGGGUGUAUAGUAUUAAAUGCUUAUAUCGUCAGCCAUUUAUCGUCUUCCCAUUUCAAAAGUAUCAGUGAGAAGGUUAAGCACAAAAAUAAGGGACAGACCGUAUGGCCCAGGAAAUUCUUGAUUCUGUUUAGUUAAAAUGCCAUCAUGUUCACGCGAUGCCUCUCAAAUCUUUCUGUAUUACUAUCACGUAGACGUAUCUCAUAAUUUAUAACUAGUAAGAUUUCAUUUUUCGUUUAAAAUAAAAGAAAGAGAAACCGGUUAUGUAUUUAUUAAACGAAUGAAACGAAUGUUUGUCAAUAGUACUCCACACGCCUGCCUUGUUAUCGUAAAGAAAAAAGCAAACUAUUAUGGGAAGAAGAAAAUGUCAAUUUACUAUUAAUCAAAUUACAUUUGAACAGCCAAAUUAACAGUUCAAUAUUUCCUGUCAAUAACAUAGGAAAAAUAACAUAUAUAUAUAUACAUACAUAAAUAUAUAUCUGUCUUCGUUAUGAUAUGGUCAAAUUCUGUCUGUAGUGGAACUUCCAUUAAUUAAAUUUGUAUUUACAAAAUAUAUAACGAUGUUUCAUAAGAGAGGAAAAAUAUAAGUAUGAUAUAGUUGUCGGAUAAAACAGAUAUAGCUACAUCGACAGAAUUUGACCUUAGGAGACAAUCUCUAACAGAUAAAAGAGAACAGAAGAAGAGUAUGUAGUUGAUCUUACGUUAAAAAUGUUCACUCUACUAGAAUCCCACAAAUUGUAUAUAAGAAUGCGAGUGUAAGUAAUGUUCCCUAAUUACGGUGAUGGGCUGUAUAAAUAAAAUUGAGUGAAAUAUUGUAUCGAAAACUAGAGCUUUUACACCAAUUCUACGAAAUUGGGAUAAAUGCUUGACUUUUCUAUUUAAAAAAAAAGAGAGAAAGUGAAAACGUAGUAGAAGAAGAAGAAGAAGAAGGAAAAGAAGAAGAAAAAGAAGAAGAAGAAGAAGAGGAGGAGGAGGAGGAGAAGGAGGAUAUACUGUUCUUUAUUGAUACGGCCCUAAAUGUUAUAAUUUUUGUGUUAUCAGAAUGACAUAGAAGCAAAUUUUUAAAAAAAUCUAGAGAUUAUUCCAUUGUUACAUUAUAAUAUGCUGCGUAUCGUAAAUCUAUCUUUUUAUUCAGCUUUUGUUAUAGGAAUUUCAUAAUGUAAUGAUAUAAUUUACUGCCGCUUGUUUUUCUUCUUCAGUUAGAGUACACAUUUGUUAAACCUUCGAUUCAGUUCUUCUCUCGAGCCAAUGUCAACGUUGAUUAAGAGAACAUGUGGCUACCAAAAAGAAACUUGUAUAUUUUAUAGUUAAGUUUGAUUAAUAUCUUUAUGUUUGUAAAUUAAGCGUUAUAUGUAUAUUUUUUAUAAAGAGCAAGUGAUUAUUAUCGCAUUUCAUUAGUUCAUUUUAACUGAAAUAUGUAUUUUCUUAAAAAAAUAGAAAAAGAAUGACCCUCGUUAUCGCGACAGGAAAUCAACAUGUGCCUGAUCAUAGAUUAUAAGUUGUAGAGGGCAUUUCAAUUAUGAGCUGAUGUGUACUGGUCCUUUGAAAUAAUAUCAAUUGUAAGUUGUACCGUUGCGAUGCAUAAUCAUAGAAAAUAUUUUCUGGAGAGUAUCCAGCAUUUUCAUUGUAAAUUUAUAAUGUUCGUUCGCAAAUAUUAACCGAGUUUUAUUUUUCUAAUGCCAAACGCAACGCAUGAUUCACGAAUUAAUUAUUGUACCCGAAGCGUUAACGACCGAAUGCGAGAUUACUCGAUUGUUUAUGUAAUUUCCCUUGUUUCCGUGGAGAGAAAAAAGGUCGUUCUGUUUUCAUUGCGAUUUCAGAUUUGAAUCUGUUACUUUGCUUAACUCGAUGGAGAGGUUCGUGACGAUUCCAUUCUAUCGUUUAGCUGUUUCACACAUAGAUAAUAUUACGUUAGUUUUAGAUACAAGACAUGCAUUUCAUACAGUAUUCAUAAAAAUUAUAACUGAGCCUUCCUCACUAAAGAAAUAACAUUGUUCAUUAAUGGAAGUAUUAAUGUAUUACGUUUAAAUGAAAAAGAGAACUCUUGCGACUACUCUUUUAAGGCGUGAGUAUAACUUUAAAUCAAAACUAAUUAUACAUCCCAUCUUUUUAGUAAUGGACAGUGAACUUUUUCAAAGUGAAAGGUUUGUUAGUCCUUGCAUAAAAAAAAGAAACGAUCGCAGAAUGGUGCCAAAUUUUAUACUGAAAGAAACUCUUGCAGUGCACCAAUUCCUUUAAUAGCAAGACUAAGAAGAAUCUGUUUCUGUGAACAUGCUUUUAAUAAUAACUUACUAAAUACUGUAGUUGUAAUAUACUUAUUAUCUAAGGCCACGUAUUAGUAGCAAUUCAAAUUUACAACGAUUAUUUUUUCUGUUUUUUAGAAGAAAAUAUGUAUUUUAGAAAAUAUCGUCUCUUGUCUAGGAAGAUCUGGAUUCGAUAAGGAUAAUUUCUAAUUUAUAAACAUAAUUUGUAAAGUGUAUUAUCACCUCACAGUAGACAAAAUUUUCUACAACUUUUCUACAUACAGCUAAUCAUGAGAUGAUAUUUAUUUAAAAAAUUAAAACAUACUCUGGUUUUAUCUACCUGUAUGCGAGAAAGAAUGCUAUAAAAAAUUAUUUUUCAGUAAUAUUAAUAGAACAGAAGAGUUCAUAUGUAACAUGUUUCAUAUCAUGAAUGAUACCAUAAUGGUUUCUUUGUAAUUAUCAUCUGCUUUCUAUUUUGAAACUGCUGUAUUGUGAAACUACUCCAGAUCAUGUACACUAUUGUGGAAUUAUUAAUAUUUAAA